AUGGGUCGUUCACCAUCACGAUCGAGCGAUGGCGCCGACUCUGCACAGAAUGCGCGCGUCGAACCGCGUCUUCUAAAGGCUAUUGAGGACAAGAAACACGACGAUGCGAUCGCCAUUAUCGAGCAUGCGAAAGCGAAGUCGCAACCCGUCGAUCACCUCCUACGCAUAGGCUUAAUGCGCGCAGCCGAGCGCGGAAACAUAUACAUCACCGAAUACUUGCUCAGGAGUGGCGCGAAGCCCGAUGGCGCGCCAGGUGGUCGGGUUUCGCCUCUCUUCAAAGCGAUUGAGAAGAAUCAUGUCGGAGUUGUACAACUGCUGUUGAGGUUUGGGGGCAACGUGGAUGCACAAGACAAGCAGGGACGGACUGCGCUCAUGACAGCUGCUUGGAAGAACUACUUCCAUAUCAUGCAUGAACUGCUAAGAUGUGGUGCCGAUGUCAAUAAGAAGGACAAUACUGGGCGGAACGUUCUCCACAACCUGGCGGCAGACAAACAUUGCAACUGGGGUCGCGAUGUCAUUGCCGAGUUGCUGAGGCAAAACAUUGCGAUUGACGGACCGGAGGGUCAGGACGAUCAGAAGCGAAGCCCGUUACAUUGGGCUGCCAGUACUGGAAAGAAGGAGCUAUGCGAAAUGUUAUUGAAACGAGCCAGACUACCGAGGGCGAAUGUGAACGCAAUAGAAAUCAGACAAAAGACAGCACUACACUUGGCAAUCGCACAUGGCCGAGACGACAUCAUCGAGCUUUUGCUUGUCCACGGCGCAGAUGUGGGAGCGAAGAGUGAUGGAAGCUGGACACCUCUCCAUAAUGCUUGCCAGCAAGGAAGUGUAAAGGUACUGAAGAUGCUAAUGGCUGCUGGAGCAGAUAUCAACGCGAGAUUACUCACUGGAAUGACACCCUUGCAUGUCGCGGCACAAGCUGGUCACUUUGACGUAGUGCAAUGUCUCUUGGAAAGAAGAGACGUCAAACGAGCAGCGAAAGAUAAUUUUGGUAUUACACCAUUCUUACGAGCUGCGCAAAGCAAGAGCUCUGCACGCAAAGACAUCAUCAACGCUCUGGCACCCCACAAUCAAGUCGAAGCACUUAGCGAAGAUGCACUUGGCGCUACGAACGGUUUCCAUGCUACCAUCGUCGACUUCGGCAAUUUUCAUAACGAAAACAACGUGUCAAGAAGGACUGUCUACGAGCUGCUGUAUGCCCGUGAUGUUAUCAAUCCGAGAAAGCCGGCUGUUGCGAUUCUGCCCAAGGAGUCAAAGGCAACGACCUUCCGAUGGAUCCAUCUCCCGGCCAACAACAUGGCCUGGAUUGAGGCAUUGCUCACGAAAGCGUUCAUCGAAGAGGGUGCCAGUGACGUGGAGGGUUUCAAGGCGCUUGAACGGUCCUUCAGUCAUCAGCAUCGAGGGCAGCAGAUACACUCACAUUUCAUGCGACCACUGUGUCAGAGUACACCGCGUGCACCGAAGCAACACGAUGAUUCAGACCUCUCCGACGGCGCUGAUCAGAUACCACAAAUCUUGGUCAAUAGUGGCCUGGGUUUAGGCAUCGAUUCAAUAGCUGGUUCGCAAGAAUUACCUCCGUCUCCCUUCCCUCGUACGCCUGUACGGACCAACACCAUAGAUACAGAUCAAACGGAUGGGACUGCAGGAACAGGCUCGGGACACGCAACCGUCAGGGAAGGGAAAAGUAAAGCAAAGGACAAACCCAAGAAGACGCCGAAGUGGAGCGGAUCUAAGCAAGCUGGCAAACGAUCUGGUGGGACAGACACCCCAACCAGGGGCCCAGAGCACUACGCAAAACGCACACACACUAGCUCCUCUCUCACCAACAGUGGUCACCUCAGGUCGCCUGGCAGUCCAGGAAGGAAAGAUCCAACUACCGUAGCGAAGGGCAAUAUCUUCGCCUUCAUGCCAUACUUACAUUUUGAAACCGACCGACGGCGGCAGGAAAUGCAGGCUGCAAUCUCAAGGACACAAAAGAUGAAAGAACGCGAAAAGAAUGAAGGGGGCAUUUUCAAGCCACAGUAUUACCGGGCUUCAACCUACGACGAAAUGCUUUUCAGGGCUCAUUUGACAUCGUCACAAGUCUCGUUGCAUGUACGACGCACUUUGGAUCAAUUCUUCUAUCACAACAUUGAUACGCAAUCGCGAGACCGAGAUCAAGUUGUCUAUCGGUACCAAUGCAAGUCGAACGAGCCGCAACACGUUGACCCCAAGAUCUUCAUGGUUGAUCAACUGUGGAUGUGGACACUCGGUAAAGACCUGAUAGUGACGGCUUUUCCGCAACGAUGGCAACAGCCUCGAAAUGACCCGCUCAACGUUCUUGAUGGUGUCAUUGAAGACAUCAACAGCAAAACAAGAGAUCCAGUGCGUAGUGUAUACGACCUUGCGAUGAUCAUCGCCGGCCGAUGUAGUGGUGUUUUCGAUAGACAUCGUGUUGGUGACGAAGAUUAUCAGUUUCUUGACAUGUUUGAGUCGAGCAUUGGUGAUGCUACGGAAAUGGAAACCAUGCUUUUCAAGGACUUCAACAUUGCGUCCGCUCAGGCAUCUGAGUGGUUACAUCAUCACCGAAGGCCCAAUCGCUUCUCGAGACACCUAGAGGCUGAGGGAAGGCAAAGGGAACAUCUCAAUCGUCGGCACUCGUCACAUCACUCACACGCGCACGCAUUGGCUGACCCUCCGAUUCGAGAAGAAGCGUUCGAGUACGAUGACAGCGAUCGAACAGCUGCUCAUGCCCCGCUGUUCGUCGAUAAACUACUGGACAUUGGCGCUGAAACAGACCUGCUGGCAGAGACCAAGGACAUUCGUGACGAACUCAACAUGAUAACGAAGGUACUGGAAGACCAACGCAAUGUAUUGCCAGACAUGGAGACAAGCAUUACAGACAUAUAUCGCGAAGAGCACAAGAGUCAGCAAGAUCUCAAGAAGCGGUUCAAAGACAUGCUUAAAACGAUCGACACUCAUAUCAAGGAUCUCGAACGCAUGGACAAGCAAGCCAAACGCAUCUAUGAGUCCAUCACUGAUUUGCUCGAUCUAAAGCAGAAGCAUGCUAACGCUUUCGAAGCACGCUUCGCUCGCGACCAGGCUGCUGGUACUGCAAGGCAAAGCCAGACCAUCAUGGUGUUUACCAUUGUCACAAUCAUCUUCCUUCCUUUGUCGUUCAUCGCAGCCAUGUUCACCAUCAACAUCCAAGAAUUUCCCCACCAGCCAGGAGGCGGUGAGCCUUCCCUCCCUCUAUCAUACGUCAGCAAGUACAUGUUUGGCAUCGGCUUCGCAAUCUCCAUACCAUUCAUCGCUAUCGCGCUUUCAUUUGAUGCUAUUGGCGACUUUUUCCGCGAAGUCAAGACCCGCUUCCGCAAACGCAGGACCCAAAGCCAGCAGAUCCGACGCGACGCCAAUGACCCUUACAGUGGUAUUGAGAAAACCGAUUUUGAAUACCCUUUUGACACACACACUAUCGAACAAGCUCUGAGUCGCGGACGCAGUACGGCAUACCGUCCAGACGGCAGACGUAGCAUCGAAAGCUAUCUCGGCAGUGCAAGGAGAACUGAUGGUGGUUCGCUACUUCAUGUCGCUAGUCGCAGUACCGGAAGGAGCCCGGAGAAGGGUGUUGUGAGGGUUACCAAUGGUUUGAAUGGAACGGCUACGAUGCCUGAUAGGUUAAGUGUUGAUAGGGCUGAGAGGCAGAGUCCGAUCGAGAGGAUCAGCACGGGAUUUAGGAUGAGGGGAAGUGGGGAUUUUGAACGUGCGUAG